AGUUUUUUCCCAUUAGUGUGGCCCACUAGCCUUCACGUUUUGUAUAUGUGGGACUCCACUAUCAGAUAAGCCAAUGAAGUGAUAUGGUUCAUUACGAUAACUAAUUAGAAUUAUAGAUUAAGGAAAACUCAUGAUAAUAAAAGAGACCUUGAUGGACUAGGUGUCUUUUAAUAAUUAUCUCUAAGGCCCUCUUCUCUCCUCUAUAAAAGGUAGAAUACUCACCCCUUAUUCAUACGGUUUUUUCAUCAAUUAAAGUACUGGGGUAUUCUAGAAAAGUAGAGACAGAGAGAAGAAGGUGAGCCAAGAAUUAAGGUGUUUCUAAUUAAGGAGUUUGUUCUCUCUAAUCACGAUGGCCAACAAAGGUACGAUUAUGGCUGAGUUAAGCACCAUGAAAUAUGAUGGUAGUCGUAGAGUUCAAGAGCAUAUCUUGAACAUGUAUGAUAAAGCUGCAAUGCUUGCAACCUUGGAAAUUCAAGUGGAUGAGUCUUUCCUUAUUCAAGCUAUACUUAACUCACUUCCAGCACAGUUUGGCCCAUUCAAAACUCACUUUAAUGCCCACAAGAAAGAGUGGAGUUUGAAUGAGCUAACAAACUUGUGUGUUCAUGAAGAAGUGAGAUUGAGAAGGGAAAGGCGUCACACUGCAUUGACAGUGACUCAAGUUGCUAUAAAGAAAAAGGGUAAAAUGAGAAAAUAUUCACCAAUGAAAGUCAGUGAACCUGAGAAAAGUAGUCAGGCUCAUAAUGGUUUCAUUGUCAAGUGGAUACCUUUCAACCUGAAAACCAGAGAAAAGUGA